UUGAGGUCUAUAAUGGGAUGAAAAGGUUUGGGCCAUGUCCUAAUGCGUUGACUUAUAAUUGUCUCUUGAAUGGGAUGGUCAAAAUUGGGAGGUUGAAAAAUGGGAUUUUUGUAGCAGAAGAAAUGUGUAAAAGUGGGUUCUUGCCAUCAUUUAGCUGUUUAUCGAAUUUGUUGAAGAGAUUAAUUCUGUUUGGUAAUUUAGUCGAUUCGUUAACCGUGUUGGAAAUGUUGUUGAGGUUGAGUUAUGUUCCUACCGAACCCACGUUGAAUACGUUGGUUCUUGGUCUAAGUAAAGCUGGGAUGGUUAGGGAGGCGUAUUUUGUGUUCUCAGUUCUGCUGGAUAAGGGGUUAGUACGAGGUGCUUAUAAUUUUAAUCCUGUACUGUGGGCUUUCUCCAAGUUGAAUGGUUGUCGUAGUGCAGUGGCAUUUUUCUGUUUUCUUCAAAAGAAGGGAUUUGUACAUAAUGUGUGUUCAUAUACAGCUUUAAUUUAUGGAUUUUGCAAGGAUGGUUUAUGGGAUGAUGCUUUUCGUUGUUUCGCUAAAAUGGAAGCUGAUGGCUGUAAGCCUAAUGUGAUUUCUUAUACUGUAGUUGUUAAGUUUUUGUGUGACAAUGGUAAGGUUGAUGAAGCAUUAAGCCUUUUGGGAGUAAUGGAAAAGAAAGGAUGUAACCCAGACCUAGUUACUUACAAUAUUGUUCUCAGAGAACUUUGUCAUCACAAUAAAGUCGUUGAAAUCGGUGAACUUGUUCGAGUUGUUCAUCAACACGGAUUUUCUCCUGAUCCAUAUACCCAUUCUGCAUUGGCAGGAGGCAUGUUGAGAAGGAGGAGAACUGACAUCGCCAACAAAAUUUUGCUUGACAUUAUUCCUAGGAGUUGCUCUGUUGAUGUUGUGGUAUAUAAUAUAUAUAUCCAUACUUUGUGUUGCAAUGAAAGAUCAGAAGAAGCAUUGUCCAAGAUGAUGUGCAUGACGGAAUUAGGUUUUAAACCUACUCACGUAUCACAUAAUACAAUUUUGAAAGGAAUGUGCAAAGAGAAAAAUAUUUAUGAAGCUUUGACUUUUUUUGGCCAGAUUGAUUGGUCCAGAAAUGGGCCUGACUUGAUCUCAUUUAACACAAUCCUGUCUGCAGCAUGUAAACAGCACAAGUCCACAAUCAUUUCCAGGAUCUUGUACCAAAUGAAAUAUGCAGGUGUCAAGCUUGAUAUUUUCAGUUAUACUUCUCUAAUUCAGUACUACUGUAAGGUUGGUAAGGUCCAAGAUUGCUUAAAGCUUUUGGACUCUAUAAUGACCAAUGGUCCUAGUCCAACUACAGUGACUUUGAACACACUUUUGAGUGGUCUUUGUAGAAACCAAUUGGUCGGAUUGGCACAGAGAGUGUUCAAGUAUUUAAAGAGCUUUGGAGUUUCACCUGAUAUUACCACCUAUAAUAUCCUGAUUUGUGCUCUGAUAAGGGAAGGCGAGUAUUUGUCAGUGUAUCAUCUGUCAGCAGAUAUUUACAGCCAGAGAUUGAAGAUGGAUGUAAUAACCUAUAAAUCUAUGAUUUUUGUCCUUUGUAAAGAGGGAAAGAUAUCCUCUGCUCUCGAGCUUAGGGAUCAAAUGCUCAAGAGUGGGAUUGCUCCAGAUAUUAGUGUUUAUAAUGCCAUAAUGAAGGCAAUGUUCAGGAGAGGAAAAGUGUGGGAGAUUAUCUUAUUACUGAAGGAGAUAUCAGUGGAAGGGUGUGAGCUAAAUGCUGCUUCUUUUGAAAUUUUGAAAUGCACUGUGAUGAAAGGUCACAGGGAGGGCUUUCCUAAGGCUGCAAAACUUUUAAAACUUGUCAUGCACAGCAAGCGGUGGAGUGAGAAUCAGGUACCUCAUGGAGAGAUUCCAGGAUAAAUUAGCAAGAAAAUCUCUUUCAAGAAAACCUCAGUUUUGUUGCUAAUAGCUUCUGAUGAAGUCUGGGACAACCUGACAGUGAUAUGCAUGCCAAAGGGGGCACCUGGACUUAAGAAACACGGCAAUGAAGGACAAAAUCUUGGUUCUUGAAUGAACUUGGCUUUUCGUUGGUUGGGAUUGCUAAAUUAAGUACUUUACUCUUGAGCUCAAAAAGGUUAGCCGUGCUCAACAAUUUUUAUGGUCUUCAUUUGUAGUGGUGCCAAGACAAGGGCCUUACUUGUACAAGAGUGUCGAAGAACUUUCAAGCAAACUUUUAACAACCUUCAAGUCUGACCAUAAUUGGAAGACUCAGAAGCAAUGAGUAUACUCCAUGCAAGAACCAUUUCAAUCAGGCUCGUAAACGAGGCUGGCUAGGAGCAUGUUUGCAUGAAACUCGUGUAUGAUUGCUUGAGGAGGAGCCAAUUCUUGCUUGUUUACAAGGAUACUUCUGGCAGAUCGCAGUUUCUCAUGGGAAAUGAGAGUGGAGCUGCAACACAAAGGCGUGCACCCCUACACAGGAAUUAAUACCUUCGUGAUAUUCAUCAUCAUCCUCGAAGUACAAGUUUGUUGUGCGAUCACCAUUUGAAACAAUCUUAUAUUUGAUAAGGUGACACAUAUAGUUCCAAACCUCCAUGGCAUAUCCAUUCUUCAUAAAGAAAUGAUCAUUCCUUUCUUUCUUAUGCUCGAAAUAGCACAAGUUUUCUUGCCAAUCUCAGACUUCUUGUAGACUCUGAUAUUCCCCUAGCAUGUAUAGGCUAAUGACCAUCUUGUUUUCGCUUUGAACAUGUAACAAGCUCUGUUUGUCAGUGGACAAAAGCUUUGUAGGUAGUUUCUUGAUCAGCCCAUAUAGGAAAAAGUCUCCUCCAAAAUUGUACAUGUCUACUUGUAUAGUCAUCCCUUUUAAAGCACAGUCUGUACAGUUAAAAGAAUGUAUAUUAUAGUAUCUCUUACUUAUA